UGUGUGCUUAUCUGGGAGGUGCGUUUCUCUCGCGCUGUCUGGAUGAGAGUUGUUAGAACGUAGGAUUACGUGGAGUUGACAGAAGUAACUAUUGAAAGCGUGCUGAUCUCUGCAGUGUGCUUAGGCAGCUUCUGUACCAAUGGUGUGACUGGCAGCUGAUGAUUAUAGAGCUCUGACCGUGACAGUGAAGCCAGGAGUACAGCAGAAAAGAGUGCACAAUCCCAGUGAUAGGUUUGAAGCCUGGGAACCAGUUCCAGAAAGCAAAUGCUUGCUUUGGAAGUGUGACUUGCUUCUGUGCUUUUAUUCUCUCCUUUCCCUUCCUUGCUGUUAUCAUUCCUGUGUUUUCCAAUUGAUUGCUGCAGAUGUUAGGUGCUUUGUUUUCUUUUUAGAUGCAUUCCUUUAGAUGUCAGGACAAGUGGUACGUGAUCGGAUGGGAGUUUCAUAUUCUGCAAUCCUGUUUAUUUCUGUUUAAGAAAAGGGACCAGUGUUCAGGUUGAGAAAUAUGUAUUUCAUAUAUUGGCCAAUGUUGGCAAAAGAUAGAUCCGUAUUUAUAGCAAAGCCUGCGUCAGCCCAUUUCUGAAGUUCUCCCUUCUGGAUGCUGAGUAAGUGGGAAGCUUGGUGAGCGUGUGUGAACUCCGUGGGCUUCCUAAGCAUGUGCUUUAGAUGCUUUUAGGCAUAGGAAGGUGUCAGGGUACCUGUUACUACUUCUUGAUUCGAGUUACAGGGGAUGGAGUUGCGUACCUUCUUUUUGUGAACCAGUUGGAUGUCAAGAAAGAUGUUUGAGAGCCCGAGCAGCAGAAGUGUGUGAGGCUGCUGCUAGAGCGUGCACCCUGGGCAAGCAGCUCUGCGUGCACCCAGGCAGUGCUGGGCUCGUGGGCAGGGCUUGUGGUGUUUGCUGGGACAUUAGUGAACACAGCAGGGCAGGAUUUUGCACAAGUCCUGAAGUGGAAGCCCUGCUGGGGUACUGCCCUAAGUAACGCGGUCGUAGAGCCUUGCGCAGUGAGCUGUGCCAAUUUGUGUCUUUGGGAGAGCUAUUGCCAACAUUUUCUGCUGUUGGUAAAAAAGAACGAUCUGUAAAACCUUGCUUUUCAGUUGAAAUGAAGUAGAUUUUCUCAUAUGUAUAUAUACACACGUGUAUAUUUUGCUAGUCAUUAAGACAAACUGCCAAGUUCUGUUAGUGGGAGCCAGGUGCUGGAAAACGAAGUCUUGUCAAGGGCCUGGCAUGGGACCCAGCGAGGAUAGAUACUUGCCUUGAUUUAUGCCUGGAACAUUGAGAUCUUUCCUUUCUGUAUUCAGGCCCUUUCUAAACCCAUAUAUAGCACGGACCCGGAGCGAUGGGCAGGUCUGUGCUUUGGUGGAGCUGCUGGGUGCAGCAGGAGGCUGCCACGUGUCCCUGGUCAGAGCAGGCAGAAUCCAGGGCUGAAGACCACCUAGAGCAGCCUGCUGUUCUCAGGGCUGCUGUGGGAGGGGGAUCUGUGCUGGCAGUCAUCUCACAGAAUCGUGGAGCUCUGGAAUAUCCUGAGUUGGAAGAGACCCACGAGGAGCAUUGUCCUGGCACCACUGGAUGAGCCUGGCUCCACUGUCAUAGCAUCCUGACUUCAGAUAUUUAUAUGGGCUGAUAAAAUCCCCCCCCUCUCCAGGCUCCAGCCUCCCCUUCUCCAGGCUGAAAACUUGUGCAGCUGCUUUGAUUAUAGACAGGUCCAAAUGAAGACCUGGCCCUUCACUGCAGCCUUUCCUGCUGUUGCUCUCUCAUUUGAAAAAAUCACCUUCUUGGGUGGCACCCCGUGUUUCCUGCCUGGUAUAAGAGGGAAUUUCCUUUCUCCGUCUCUUCUGUGCAGCAUAUAAUCUCUGGAAGACCGUGCCGCAGACUUAAGCUGCUACUGCUAAUUAUCUUGAUGAGAUUGGGAGCUCUUGGACACACACAGUGCCUGUCUGUUUGCUGAAUCAGCAGCAGCGGUCUGUACCUAUUCAAGAGCAUUUUACUUGGAACUGAAGCAGCCACCCCUUCCCCUCCGCUCCUGCAUGAUGCAAGGCAAGAAGAGAAACGAGUAUUUGGCAAUGACUCCAUUACCACGGUCUCUUCUCCUUUUAUAGCUUUCUUCUUGUUAAUCUGCCUGCUGGAAGCAGGAGGGGCAUUGCAGGCUCCCAGCUGCUGUACAACAAGUUGCCUGCUGGUUUGCAUUUGAGCAGUGCUUUAUAUUUGUGGGGAGGCUGUGGACAGUCGUGCUGAAUCCUUCAGAGCAUUUGUAGGUCUGUUUCUGCUCCUUCCUGCAUGUCGCAUUAGCAUCGGAGCCUUCUGUGGGCAACUUAGAUACGUGAAUCCUAGCAGAAAACGAUCUGCUUCCUUGGAGUGAUGUUAAUGGCUGCUGGGGGAGCAAGCUGAGUUGGAUCACAGGGAAAUCCAGCAAGUGCCCGGGCUGGCUGGCAUGGGUGUAGGGCCGUGCAGGCAGCUGGGAGCGGGGCUGCUCCCUCCUGCUCUGUGCUGCUCUGUUGGGCACCUCCUUAGCACUGACCCAGGAGCUGCCUGGCAGUGCUGCUGGUGCAUUCUGUGCCUUCCAUACAGCCCAGCGUUUGGCCUGUAGCUAAAGGAUCUUAUUCAAAAGCGGUGAUGGAAAUAAUUGCAUUAAAUAGCCGCCUUUGCUCUUCAGUGGGAUAGAAAGGAAUGGCCGGGGUGGGGAGCAUUCAUGCCCAGGUGCUGGUGCAAUGUGAUGCUCCUGCAGCCAGCGCUGCCUGUCCCGGUGCCAGGCCCAGCAGUGGCAGUGUCUGCCUGGGGGCAGCCUGCUCUGCUUUCUCCGUUCCACCCGAGUGUGGGGGAAACAUGCUUUGAAGCUUAAUACUUAAUAACAAAGUAACUUUCACACUGAUUACAAUGACCCAUUUUUUUUCUUUUUUUUUUUUUCUUUCUCGCUAUUUCUUUACCAGGCACGGCCUGUCUUAUUUUUAACCCGCUGCGUUCGUGAUUUGUUUUCCUGAACCCCCGUGACCUUGGUGAUAUUUUCACUUUGCAGUAUUUAAGGAGCAGUGCUGUCGGCAUCUUGCAUAGCUGGGUGUGACUAUUGUUGUUGCCAGCUGAACAGCGCUCGGCUUUUUGGCUGCUUCUGGUGUUCUCCCCUUUCAGCAGCUGAGAUGAGAGCCCCCUUAGACUCUCUGCAUCCACUCUCUUGUCUAUUUACAGCCAUGCUCAGCAACCGUAUUUAUUAGCAAGUUCUUGGAAGUGGAAUCCUUUGGAAUAGGAAUUAGAGCACUGCCGCCGGCUUGCAGCAUGGCUGGGAAAGGUUUGGUAUAAAUGAAAUAGUUGCCAUGUUUCAGCCCCUCGGUGCUUUGAGGCAGCAUCCUUGUCAUCUUGGAUGCUUCUGUAGCUGUGCUGCUUCCCCCGGAACAUAUGUGUACCUUAGCAGAAAUGCAGCUAUUUUUGUCACUUCUCAUUGGUCCAGCGUUGGUUUUUUUUUGGUUUUUUUUUGCAUUGACUUUGAGUUCAGAGUGAGUUUGCUGAGACAAAGAUAAAUACGGCGGAAUGUUUUAACGUCCCUUCAGUCUUGGCUCUCUGCAAGUGCUGAGUACAGCAGAAGAUGGAGUAGUGAACUCAGAGCUCAACCGAGGGCAGAAUACCUCUCCAAAACUUGCUGUGAUCAGUUUUGUGCUUCAAGCUUAUGUUUGGAGCGCUGGAUUUCUGAAACCUCUGGUCAUGUGGAAUGGUUUAGAGUCCGUUUUUCUUGUUAACACCUCUUGCUUUGAGAAAAAGGCCGCGUUAAGGAGGCAGGAACAAGGGGGGCUGUGUUCUGCUGGCAUGUACAUGAGGCAUAGCUGGCCAUCGCUGCCAUUUGCCUGUGGCAGAUCUGUGGAUCAUCUAACAGGUGACUUAGCACAAAUUUGCUCUGAAAUGGAUGUAAUGCCUUGGACCCAGAAGCUGCAAAGCAGUUUUUCUUCAGUCACCUGUGAUCGAAAUGCUUAAACCAUCUGUCCUUCGAUCCUGCCAGCAGCAGCAAGUCUCUGCAGUUUGGCAGCCCGAGUGGUGCAUGCGUGUCGGAAAGCCCAACCGAGAAUGGAAGUGAUCCAGGCAAGAAGAGGAAGAGAGCAAACAUUCCUGCAGCAGAUGGUGGCAGAAAUCUAAGCCUAGACUCCAUUUCAAUGGGCUUGCCAAUGUCAGACCCAACUGCCUGGGCCACUGCGAUGAACAACCUGGGGAUGGCUCCCAUGGGGAUGACAGGACAGCCCCUCCUGCCAGAUGAAGUAAAGCAUGUAGUUGUGAGAUGCUUUGACAAGACUACAAUGUCUAAAAUGAAUACACAUCAUCUUUCACGCCAUCCAGAUUUUGAUCCUGCUCUUGGGAUGAUGACUGGAAUCCCUCCAAUCAACCCCAUGAUGCCGGGCUUGGGGAUAGUCCCUCCUCCCAUUCCUCCAGACAUGCCUGCUGUGAAGGAGAUCAUUCACUGCAAGAGCUGCACUCUUUUCCCACCUAACCCACAUCUGCCCCCUCCAGCAACAAGAGAGAGGCCCCCAGGCUGUAAGACUGUGUUUGUUGGAGGGCUGCCGGAAAAUGGAACUGAGCAGAUCAUUAUGGAAGUGUUUGAGCAGUGUGGAGAAGUCAUAGCUAUUCGGAAGAGUAAGAAGAAUUUCUGCCAUAUCCGCUUUGCUGAGGAGUUCAUGGUGGACAAGGCGCUGUAUCUUUCUGGCUAUCGCAUCAGGUUGGGCUCCAGCACUGACAAGAAAGACACUGGGCGCCUGCACGUGGAUUUCGCGCAGGCUCGGGACGACCUCUAUGAGUGGGAGUGCAAGCAGCGCAUGCUGGCGAGGGAGGAGCGCCAUCGCAGGAGGCUGGAGGAGGAACGCUUCCACCCGCCCUCCCCACCUCCUGUUGUGCAUUACUCUGACCACGAGUGCAGCAUUGUUGCAGAGAAACUGAAAGAUGACACUAAGUUCUCAGAAGCUGUGCAGACCUUGCUCACCUGGAUAGAGCGUGGAGAAGUGAACAGAAGGACUGCAAACAACUUCUACUCCAUGAUUCAGUCGGCCAACAGCCACAUUCGCAGACUGGUGAAUGAGAAGGCAGCUCACGAGAAGGAGAUGGAAGAAGCUAAAGAGAAGUUCAAGCUUGCUCUCUCAGGGAUUCUGGUUCAGUUCGAGCAAAUAGUGGCCGUGUACCAUUCUGCCUCCAAACAAAAGGCUUGGGACCAUUUCACGAAAGCUCAGCGUAAGAACAUCAGCGUGUGGUGCAAACAAGCAGAGGAAAUUCGUAACAUUCAUAAUGAUGAACUAAUGGGCAUUCGAAGAGAGGAGGAAAUGGAAAUGUCUGAUGAAGAAAUAGAAGAUCCAGCAGAAAUGAAAGAAACAGAGGAGUCAGCACUAGUGUCACAGGUGGAAGCCCUGAAAGAAGAAAAUGACAGUCUGCGCUGGCAGCUGGAUGCCUACCGGAAUGAAGUAGAACUCCUAAAGCAGGAGCAUGGCAAAGCGAGCAGGGAUGAAGACACAACCAAAGAGCAGCAGCUCAAACUUCUCCAGCAGGCUCUGCAGGGGAUGCAGCAGCAUCUUUUGAAAGUUCAAGAUGAAUACAAAAAGAGAGAAGCUGAGCUAGAAAAAGUGAAAGAAGACAAACUAAAAAUAGAAACGUUAUUAGAAACCCUUAAGGAGCAGCAAAGCAUAGCAAAUGAAGAGGACAAAGAGAGAGAUGUUACUGACGGCCAAGGGAACGAGAGCAGUAUGUCCAGAGUUUGUGCAUGCAGCCAGGAGAAGGAGUGUCCAGUGGAGAAGACACUGAGCAAUAGCCCUGUGAAAUCAGAACGAGAAGCUCUCUUAGUUGGAAUAAUUUCAACAUUUCUUCACGUGCACCCAUUUGGAGCAAGCAUAGAGUACAUUUGUUCCUAUCUGCAGCGCCUGGACAGCAAAAUUUGCACCACAGAAGUGGAAGUUCUCAUGACCAGGCUACAAACUACGUUCAAACAGGAGCUGAGUGGGGUUGGGGCCAGUUUAGAGAAAAAAUGGAAGUUUUGUGGCUUUGAUGGCUUAAAAAUGACUUGAACUUCAGCUGAACCUACUUAACACUGAAAGCAACAGCAGGAUGUGUGUGUCAAGAAAACUUGGGAUGCCUCUUACCUCUGUUUAUGAUGAUUAUCUUGCACGCAUGGGAUAAUAACGUAAGUGAAAUUUUAAGUCCAGAGUAGCACUAGAAGAAACUUCAGGUGCUGGAGCUUCUUUGAGUUAUUUUGUUAACAAGCAAAGUGCUGUUUGAUACAUUUUGUGUACAAAGUUCAUGUCUGAUAUUUUUAAGCACAGCAUGUAGACUAAGUGUUUUGCCAAUGUUGUAUGUGUUUCGUGUGCCCAAAUCUCUCAGCACUGUACCUUCUUUUUACUGAUAGGAACACAUAGACUAUCCACUGAGACAAAUACAAAAAAAAUAAUUUUCUGGUUUCUAGAACCACCACAAGGAAAAAGAAGGCAUUUUUUAGACAUUUAUAUGAUAAAAAACAAAAUAUGUUUAAGCAGAAGAAGAUUUAAUUAGCUCAGUGUCUCUCUGAGCCUAACAACCAGUUCUUUUUCACGCUCUUUUCUCUACUGAAGGUUUAACUGUUAAGCCAACAUGAAGGCAGUGUCACCAGGAGUGUUAUGAUAGCAGCACCUCUGGGGAUCUGUGCACUGCAGAAUCAGUCUGUAAUCAAACUUUUUGUGGGAGGGGUAUUUAAUUUUCUACUGAUCUGGGUGGAGCAAAAGACCUACAUCAGACCUGUAUUUUAAUAAUUACCACCCACUUUGUUUUUGAGACUGCUCUUCACAAAGUUCAAGAAGCAGCACAGACUGCACCUUCUCAAGGGCUGUUCCUCAUGUCCUCAGUAAACAUCAGAUUCUCAGCCCUCUGCAGAAGAUGACUAAGAUAGAAGGUUAAAUGCUUUAAAAAUCAAAGCAAACAAAAGAACCCACACUGUCAUCAGACAGAGCUCUGGUAGUGGAUACCUCCUGGAGUCAUAGAAGCAAGUGAGGGACCUGCACAUAGCUUACUCUGGUGCAGGCUGCAGAAAUGAGUGGAACAAACCUUUCUAUUGGGACCAGGCUGCCCAUGCUGGGGGGAGCUACCUGCUCACCUUGCUCCUGACACUGAAAGACUGCUACACUGGAAACAUAUGAAAACCCUUUUAAAGAAAUCUGAGUAUUUGUGUCACUACAAGUGAACAUUGUAUUUUUAAGGAAUAAACAUUUUUUUUAUGUUCCAA